AUGGCGUCCCCGGCCAACUGUACCAAUGAAACAGAAACAGACAUAAGCAUGAAUUUCACAGAUCUCGCCAACGUCACAAACAUAACUAGCACCACGUGCAUGCCCCUCUCCAAAAUGCCAAUCAGCCUGGCUCACGGUAUCAUCCGCUCGGUUGUGCUGUUUAUCUUUCUGAUCGUGUCCCUGAUAGGCAACCUAGUGCUGGCCUAUGUGCUGCAGCGCAAGCCCGAGAUGAUGCAGAUGACCAACCACUUCAUCUUCAACCUGCUUGUCACUGAUCUACUCCAGGUUUUACUGGUGGCCCCUUGGGUGGUGGCCACCUCCCUUCCGUCCUUCUGGCCCCUCAACAGUCAUUUCUGCACUGCUCUGGUUAGCCUCACUCACCUCUUUGCCUUUGCCAGUGUCAACACAAUCAUCGUGGUGUCAAUCGACCGCUAUGUGACCAUCAUCCACCCUCUCUCCUACUCCAACAAGAUGACCACUUUCCGGGGCUACAUGCUCCUCUAUGGCACCUGGAUCGUGGCCUUCAUACAGAGCGCCCCUCCACUCUAUGGCUGGGGUCACGCUGACUUUGACAUCCGCAAUGCUGUAUGUUUCAUGUUCUGGGGGUCCAGUCCUAGCUACACCUUUGUCAGUGUCAUGUUCUUCCUUGUUAUCCCCCUGGCUGUCAUGAUCGCCUGCUACAGCGUGGUGUAUAGCGCAGCCCGCAGGCAGCAAGCUCUGAUGAAUCUCAAAAGCCGACGGCUGGAUGACCAGGCCCAGGUAAAGAAGGGGAAAAAGAAGAUUGACAAAUUCCAACGUGAGAAUGAGGUAAAAAGCCAGAAAGGAGGUGAGGCCAAGGCCAGUGAGGGAGGCAUGGAAGACGGGCGUGACGGAGUGAGAGGCCAGGAAGAGAGCAUUAUUGCCAAGGACGGCGAUGAGGUGGUGGAGAUGGCAGAGAUGGCGUCGGAGGUUGGAGAAAACAACCAGGCUGAGGGUGAAGAAGAGGGCGCUGAGAAUGAGAAUGAGCUCGCAGCCAAUGGGGGCAGCCCAAAACCCGACCACUGCAGCAUUGACAUGGGCGAUGAUGAGGCCGAGUGUGAAGGGGAGAAAGUGAAUCUCCGCCAGUGUGACAUCGAGGAGGCGAACAUCCCAGAGAAUGCACAAAGUGUCAAAACCUGCAACGACCCUCCUAUGCCCAACUGCUGCCAAUGCAAAGCGACCAAAGUGAUCUUCCUGAUCAUUUUCUCCUACGUGCUGUCCCUGGGGCCCUACUGCUUCUUGGCAGUCCUGGCCGUGUGGGUGGAUGUCCAUACCAAGGUACCCCAGUGGGUGAUCACCAUAAUAAUCUGGCUUUUCUUCCUCCAGUGCUGUAUCCAUCCCUACAUCUAUGGUUACAUGCACAAGGCUGUCAAGAAGGAAAUCCACAUUCUGCUGAAGAGGCUGUUCUCCCGGGAACAGCGCCUUAGCCCUGACCUCAACCUGCCUGCUACUGAAGCUGCCACAGAGGGUGGUACCAAAAGUGGAAAUGCCCCCUCUAGAGAGUACACCUCUAUUAUUUAA